AUGCCAUCGAUGUUUGACGAGCUUCCUUUCGUCUCAGCCCCUGACUCUGACACUGCCUCCGAUUCAGGCAACGAUAGGGAUAGUCAAAAGGACCGAAAAUGGAAAUGUGUUCCUACCAACAAUCCCUUAAGGUUAAGGCCAAAGAAGUCGUUCGACACAGGAGGAACCCGAUCGGCACUCCUCAACGGCGUGGAGCAUCGUGAUCAGCAAAGUGACAUCAUUUUCCAGUAA